AUGUCGCGAUUUCUUCAAUUACCACAGUCUAGUAGUACUUCUAAUUCUAAUAAUGAACAAAUAUUAAAUAAACAAGACCAAUCUAAACCACAGUCCGUCGUAGAAAAUGUUUUUAAUGUAAAUUUAGAUAUUGCUUUACCACCUUCAAGUGAAAAAAGUGAAAAGCCAAUAUCGCAUAAUCUAGAUUCAACAACUAUUUUAAAUGUUGUUAAAGACAUAGACUUAUCAGACCCUUAUAACUGGCCAGAUUCUAUAAAUUCCUACCUAAGAGUUGAUUUAGUCAAACUUGGACCAAGAAGAAAUAUUAACAUAAAAUAUCCUAUUAGCUCAAUUGAUAAAACUGAAAGACAAUUUUCUAAUAGUUUGUAUUCUAGAAAAUUAUCUAAUGGUGAGUUUAUUGAUCGUCAGUGGCUAGUAUAUAGUGUUUCGAGUGAUCGCGUCUAUUGUUUUUGUUGUAAACUUUUUCCAAGUCACGCAACGAAUCUACGUAUUAGUUCUUUGGCUACUGUUGGUUUAAGGGACUGGAAACAUAUAUCUGAAAGAUUGAAAACGCAUGAAAUUUCUCAAGCUCACAUAAAAAGUGCAAUUGAUUGGUCAGAGUUGAGGCAAAGAUUAGGAAAAUUAGAGACUAUUGAUAAAGCCCAUCAGAUACUCAUAGAAAAAGAAAAAAAUCAUUGGAGAGAAGUCUUAAAGCGUAUUAUAGCGGCAAUACAUUUUUUGGCUAAGCAUAACGACGCAUUUAGAGGUAACACGGACAUUCUUUAUCAACCUAAUAAUGGCAAAUUUCUAGGUCUGAUGGAAAUGUUUGCCAAAUUUGACCCUUUCAUUUUUGAACAUUUGAAAAGAAUAAGAGAUCAUAAAACUCAUACUCAUUACCUAGGGCAUGAUAUACAAAAUGAGUUAAUUGAGAUAAUGGCCAGCGAAAUAAAUAAAAAAAUUAUUCAAAAAAUUAAAUCUGCCAAAUAUUAUGCCGUUAUUAUGGAUUGUACGCCAGACAUAAGCCGCCAAGAGCAACUUUCUUUAGUUAUUAGAAUUGUAGACAUGAGCUUAGACGAUGAAUUUACAAAUCCUACUAUUAAGGAAUUCUUUAUAGAUUUUACAAAUAUUUGUUCUUCUACUGGGUUAAAUCUUUCGAAUGUACUUUUAAAAAAAUUAAAAGAUUAUGAUAUUGAUAUAGCUGACUGCCGUGGACAGGGUUACGAUAACGGUGCCAAUAUGGUUGGUCAAUAUCAAGGUGUCCAAAGUAGAAUUUUAAAUCAGAACCCUCGAGCUUUGUUUAUGCCUUGUUGGGCACAUAGCCUCAAUCUAGUUCUAAAAGAUACGGCUAAAACCUCUGCACGAGCUAUGCACUUUUUUGGGACUAUAGAAAGAAUAUUUACUAUAUUUUCAGCAUCGACUGCUCGAUGGGGUAUUUUUAAAAAACAUUGCCAUCAAUGGACUGUUAAAAAGUGGUCAGAAACCAGGUGGGAAAGUCGCCACUCAAGUGUUAAAGCGAUUAGGUUUCAGGUUAAGGAAAUCAUAGAUGCUUUAGAUGAAAUUAAUGAAACAACUAAUGAUUCCAUGAUAUCGAGUGAAACGAAUUCAUUAACUGCAGAAAUGUGUACUUACAAUUUUUUAAUUAGUUUGUGUAUUUGGUACAGCGUUUUGAAUGAAGUAAAUAUUGUUAGCAAAUCACUUCAAAAUCCACAAACUAAUUUAAAUACAUCUACAAAGUUACUUAAAGCUCUCCAAAUAUUCUUGACCGAGUACAGAAAUAAUGGUUUUAAUGCGGCCAAAAGAGAAGCAUUUAUAGUGGAUGGUGCAAUAAGUGCAAUAACAAAGCGAUUCGAUCAAAUAAAUACAUUUAAUGACGUUUUUGGAUUUUUGUAUGAUGUUGAAAAACUUUGUUAUGUCCCUGAUUUAGAAAUUUUAAAUUGCUGCAAAGAUUUGGAAAUACGUUUAUCAGAUAAUGACAAAAAAGAUUUAAAUGGUUAUGAUUUAUACGAAGAAAUAUUAAUUUUCCGCCAUUUAAUUGAUAAAAAUACUACACCACUUCAAGUACUUUCUGAAAUAAAAAAAACGAACGCAUUUCCCAACUUAAAUAUUGCCUUACGAAUUAUGUUGACAAUUCCGCUUACAUCAGCUGGAGCAGAGAGAACAUUCUCAAAAUUAAAACUUAUAAAAACUUAUUUACGAAGUACCAUGUCACAACAAAGACUUACUGGACUUGCUACAAUUUCUAUAGAAAAAGAACUUUCAGAACAACUAAAUUAUGAAGAUAUAAUAAAUGAUUUUGCAUCUAAAAAAGCUAGAAAAAUUAAAGAAUUAUAA